UCUGGAUCUCGCUGCCAGAAUCCCCCGAGGUCCUGUCCAGCAGCCCCUCGAGGAUCGGAUCUUCACUCCGACCGUCUCCGCUGUGUACAGCACUGUAACACAAGUAGCAAGACAACCGGGUCCUCCUGCCCCAUCCCCUUACACUGCACAUGAAAUAAAUAAGGGACACCCAAAUCUUGCUGCAACGCCACCGGGACAUGCCUCGUCCCCUGGGCUCUCACAGGCUCCUUACCCCUCAGGACAGAAUGCAGCUCCAACCACGUUGGUGUACCCUCAAGCCCCUCAAACAAUGAACACCCAGCCUCAGACCCGCUCGCCGCCCAGCAGAACAGUGCCAAUACAUUGCACAGACAACUGGAAGAGGAGGAAGGUUUUGGAACAGAGUCCGGUUUACAGGUCCCUGGCUGGAAGAGGCUGGAUAAAAUACUGCAUUUUUGCAGCGGGGCCUCGACCUGCCCAUCACCAGGGAGGAUUCAGACCUAUACAGUUUUUUCAGAGGCCUCAGAUCCAGCCUCCAAGAGCCACCAUCCAGAACAGCAGCCCCUCCAUCCGUCCCGGAGCACAGACCCCGACUGCCGUGUACCAAACCAACCAGCACAUCAUGAUGGUGAACCACCUGCCAAUGCCCUACCCGAUGCCUCAGGGCCCCCAGUACUGUAUCCCACAGUAUCGUCACAGUGGCCCCCCAUACGUCGGGCCCCCCCAGCAAUACCCUGUGCAGCCGCCGGGACCGGGACCCUUUUAUCCAGGCCCAGGUCCUGGAGAGUUCCCCAAUGCCUAUGGAACACCGUUCUACCCCAGCCAGCCCGUGUACCAGUCCGCGCCCAUCAUUGUGCCUACGCAGCAGCAGCAGCCACCACCCGCCAAGAGGGAGAAGAAAACGAUCCGAAUCCGGGAUCCAAACCAGGGAGGCAAAGACAUAACAGAAGAAAUCAUGUCUGGAGGGGGCAGCAGGAACCCCACCCCCCCCAUCGUCAGACCCACCUCCACCCCGACUCCGCCUCAGGUGCCCAGCCAGGUCCCCGAGCCCAGCCCUGCAGGAUUUGGGGCCGUGGAGACCCCCCACCUCUCUGCCAGCACCCCCAGCACUGCGGCCACCGCCCCCAAGCAAGAAGAGAAGCCAAAACCAGAUCCAGUAUUAAAACCACCUUCUCCAGUCCUCAGACCAGAGCCUGCUGGGGAGAAGAAAGAUCAAGCUGGCCAGACCACAGAGGCCUCUGCCCCCGUGGAGACCCCCCCAGAACUUCCUCCUCCCUCUCCUCCGGUUGCCGUUGCUGCUGUUCCCACUACAACUCCUUCUCCACCUCCUCUCCCGCCUCCGAGUGCCCUCCCUGUUGUCCAGGGGGAUUUAGAAGGAGAGGAGAGCACAAGAACUACUCUUAGCGAAGAGGUGAAAGAUGCUGAAAAGAAGGAAGAGCCGGAAGCCGAUGGGCAGCUGGAGGAGAGCGCGGAGGCUCCGAGUGUCAACUCGAGCAAGAGUCCUGUCCCAGCCCAAACAGCUGUAACUGCACCAAAGACCUGGAAGAAACCAAAAGACCGGACCCAAGCCACUGAGGAGGUGACGGAGGCGGAGACAGAGCCUAAAGAAGAGGAGGAACCUUCAGGAGACAAAGUACUUGAAUCUGACCAGGAGAAAAUGAGCCAUGGGCCUCAACUGGAGAGGGAGCCCUCGGAGCUGAAGGCAGCGAAGGCCGUGGAGGAGAACGGGGAGCAGGAGGCGGAGCCCGUGCGGAACGGGGCCGAGAGCGUCUCCGAGGGCGAGGGCACCGAGCCACACUCCGGCUGUGCAGAGACCCCCAGCGAGGGGCCCGUGUACCAGUACAAACCAGAGCAGUGGAAGCCCCUGGACCCGGAGGGGAAGAAGCAGUACGACCGGGAAUUCCUGCUGGAUAUCCAGUUCAUGCCGGCCUGUAUCCAGAAGCCGGAGGGGCUCCCUCCCAUCAGCGACGUGGUGCUCGACAAGGUGAGAGGAGAGCCCAUAAAACAGGUCAACCAGCCGAAAUUGCCGCUGCGAACGCUGGACCCCCGGAUCCUGCCACGAGGCCCAGACUUCACCCCAGCCUUUGCUGACUUUGGGAGGCAAGCCCCCGGGGGAAGAAACGUGUCUGGAAGUGCCUGCAAAGUGCAGAGCAACCCUGGAUUGCCCUCCCUGGCUCGGUGCGGGCCCCCAGCAUGCCCUCUCUUGGUCUCGCCUCACCCACCAUUGAGGAACCUGCCGAUAGGGUUGUUGAAUGUUGGACCGAGGAGAUCUCAGCCGGGCCAGAGGAGGGAGCCCAGGAAGAUCAUCACUGUGUGUGUGAAGGAGGAUGUCCACCUGAAGAAGGCAGAGAACGCCUGGAAGCCGAGCCUGAAGAGGGAAAACCAAACCGAGGACCCGGAAAAUGUCAAAACCCAGGAGCUGUUCCGCAAGGUACGAAGCAUCUUGAACAAGCUGACGCCCCAGAUGUUCAACCAGCUCAUGAAGCAGGUGACAGACCUGACGGUGGACACGGAGGAGAGACUGAAAGGAGUCAUUGACCUGGUCUUUGAGAAGGCCAUCGACGAGCCCAGCUUCUCCGUGGCCUACGCCAACAUGUGCCGGUGCCUGGUGACGCUGAAGGUGCCCAUGGCAGACAAACCCGGGAGCACAGUAAAUUUCCGCAAGUUGCUGUUAAAUCGCUGCCAGAAGGAAUUUGAAAAGGACAAGGCUGACGACGACGUCUUUGAAAAGAAGCAGAAAGAACUCGAAGCUGCCACCACUCCAGAGGAGAAGACGCGGCUUCACGACGAGCUGGAAGAGGCCAAGGACAAAGCCCGGCGGAGAUCCAUCGGCAAUAUCAAGUUCAUUGGGGAGCUGUUCAAGCUGAAGAUGCUGACAGAGGCCAUCAUGCACGACUGUGUGGUGAAGCUGCUCAAGAACCACGACGAGGAGUCCCUGGAGUGCCUUUGCCGCCUGCUCACGACCAUCGGCAAGGACCUGGACUUCGAGAAGGCAAAGCCCCGCAUGGACCAGUAUUUUAAUCAGAUGGAGAAGAUUGUGAAAGAGAGGAAAACCUCCUCAAGGAUUCGGUUCAUGCUCCAGGAUGUGAUAGACCUAAGGCUGUGCAACUGGGUGUCCAGGAGAGCAGACCAGGGCCCCAAGACCAUCGAGCAGAUCCAUAAAGAAGCCAAGAUUGAAGAGCAGGAAGAACAGAGGAAGGUACAACAACUCAUGACCAAAGACAAGAGGAGACCAGGUGUCCCACGGGUGGAUGAAGGCGGUUGGAACACUGUGCAGGGGGCAAAGAACAGCAGAGUGCUGGACCCCACCAAGUUCCUUAAAAUCACCAAGCCCACAAUAGAUGAGAAGAUUCAGCUUGUGCCUAAAGCCCAGUUGGGCAGCUGGGGGAAGGGCAGCAGUGGUGGAGCCAAGGCAAGCGAGAUGGACUCCUUGCGACCAAGUGCCACAAGUCUGAACAGGUUUUCUGCCCUGCAGCCUCCAGUCUCCCCCGUUUCUGCCUCAUCCGCAUCUUCCGAACUCGAAUCCCGCAGGGCCUUAACGAGUCGCGGGAGCACGGGCAGGGAGAAGAACGACAAACCUCUGCCCCCCUCCCUGUCCCGCCCCAACACGUUCCUGCGGGGCAGCAGCAGCAAAGAGCUGCUCCUGGACAAUCAGGCGCAGGAGGAGCAGCGCAGGGAGAUGCUGGAGACGGUGAAGCAGCUGACGGGCGGGAUGGAGAUGGACAGGAACAGCACCGAGGCGGAGAGGAGCAAAGCCAAGGAACCCGCCAAACCAGAAGCUCCUCCAGCUCCAGUGCAAGAAAAGCCUUCAUUGUCAGAAGAGGAAAUAGAGAGAAAAUGCAAAUCUAUCAUUGAUGAGUUCUUGCAUAUUAAUGAUUUUAAGGAAGCGAUGCAGUGCGUGGAGGAGCUCAGCACCCAGAGCCUGCUGCCCGUGUUCGUGCGCGUGGGAGUGGAGUCGACGCUGGAGCGGAGUCAGAUCACCAGGGAUCACAUGGGCCAGUUGUUGCAUCAGUUGGUGCAGUCGGGAAAGCUGAGCAAGCAGGAUUUCUUCAAGGGCUUUUCAGAGACCUUGGAGAUGGCAGACGACAUGGCCAUAGAUAUACCCCAUAUCUGGUUGUACCUGGCUGAGUUAGUGACCCCCAUGUUAAAAGAAGGAGGAAUCUCUAUGAGAGAACUUAUACAAGAAUUUAGCAAACCCUUGCUUCCUGUGGGAAGAGCCGGCGUCUUGCUUGCUGAAAUCUUGCACCUUCUAUGCAAACAAAUGAGCCAUAAGAAAGUGGGAGCCUUAUGGAGAGAGUCUGGCCUCAGUUGGAAGGACUACUUGCCCGAAGGGGAGGAUGUACAUACCUUUCUCAUGGAACAAAAGUUGGAGUUCACAGAGUCCGACUGUUCCAGUUCCUCAGAAGCACUUUCAGAGAAAGAACUCUCUGCAGAAGAGCUGAACAAGCAGCUGGAAAAACUCAUUGUUGAGGACAAGGCGAAUGAUGAACAAAUCUUUGACUGGGUAGAGGCUAAUCUAGAUGAAAGCCAGAUGAGUUCACCUACAUUCCUUAGAGCUUUAAUGACAGCAGUUUGUAAAGCAGCUAUUAUAGCGGACUCUUCCAGCUUCCGUGUGGACACUGCUGUUAUCAAGCAGAGAGUGCCCAUCUUACUCAAGUACCUGGACUCAGACACAGAGAAGGAACUACAAGCACUUUAUGCACUACAAGCAUCAAUAGUAAAACUUGAUCAACCUCCUAAUUUGUUGCGGAUGUUUUUCGAUUGCCUGUACGACGAGGAGGUCAUUUCGGAGGAUGCCUUCUACAAGUGGGAGAGCAGCAAGGACCCAGCGGAGCAGAACGGCAAGGGAGUGGCGCUCAAAUCCGUCACGGCGUUCUUCACGUGGCUACGGGAGGCCGAAGAGGAGUCGGAGGAUAAUUAAAACUUAAAAUACAGAUUUAAAACAUUAAAAAAAAAAAAAAAAAAAAAAAAAAAAGAAACAAUUUAAGUAUUUUUUUAAAGAGUUUCACGUCUUCGCCAAUCACAGUGCAGCAAGGCCAAUUCUCUCUCUCGCAGACCCCCCUUGCCCCACACACGCACGAGUGGGAGAGGUAAAAACCCGAUAAACACCGAGGUGAUGAUCAUGGAGGCAAAAAGGUACUUGAAAAAAAAAAAAAAACACAACAAAACAAAAACCACAAAAGUAAACUUCAAACCUGAGGGCGGGAGCACCAAACCAAAAUACCUGUAUUAUUUAUAGAAAAUAUUUUCUGUUUUAAUCUUUUUCUUUUCUUUUUAAACAAGGACUCAUACUUAGGAAAAAACACACAGCGAAACAAAUCUGUUUAGCAAAAAAAAAAAGAAAAAAAAAAAAGGUUGGAAACUUUUAAUUUAUUAUUUUAAGGACUGCAAAUGCCAGUGUAAUUUUUAAAUUUGCAGUUUCUGUAAACAAAUUGUAUAAUAGAACAAAAGCAGAGAAAUAAAUUUCCCUCCCCUUCAUACGCACCUCAGUUUUGUUUCAAAGCAUGAUAAAUAGACAAAACUUUCAAGGGGGUUGGGGUGAGCUAGAUGAGGACGAGAUCAAUUUUUUUUUUUUUUUUUUUGAAUUGUCAUCAGAUUUUUCUGCCUGCCUCUCAGCUUGCUUCAGAAAUUUAAAAAGAAAAUAGUAAUCAAACCGUACAUAACCUUGGAUCGGAAGGAAAUGCAUUUGAGAAAACUGCUGCGGACCAGAGUGCUCCGAAAAAUAACUCAUUGAAAACAGUGCUACCCCGGGGAAAAAAAAGUACUAGUGAUACUUUGAGAAACUUUAGAGCAACUUUAAGGCUUGUAAAUACAUAGAACAAAUAUUUAAAAAAAAAAAAAAAAAAAAAAAAAAAAUUGACUCAAUACUAUUUCUUUUCACUUUCAAAAUAUAAAGAACAAAAUAAAGACAAACAUUGCAAGUUUAAAAGAAAGUAAAACGACUUCUCCUUUGACAGCUGCUGAAUGUGUGCACCAUCCUGAGCGGUGCUUCCUUGGCGUGCCGUAGGUCCUCGGGCCCAAAUUGUGUACAUACAGUGUGUGUCUGUCUGUGUGACUACCAAAAAUGAGGGGUGAGAGCAAUUGUUGUUUAAAAAAAGAAAAAAGGCAAAAAAAAAAAAAAGG